UGGCAGCACCGCUGACCAUACGACCUUGCUUGGGUGUUUGUUUUAUCUGUUGGUAAAUAUUCACAAAUUCCCGUUGCAUUAUGUUCUGAUAGUGACACUUUCCUGGUUUUUCUUCAGAGAUUCAUCAAUACAAGACCUCGAUAUAAAUAAUGGACUUUGAAGAGAUGGCCGUUAUCGAUGAGAAUGCUGCUGCUGAGGGACCACAGCGAAGGGAGUCAGGCAAGAGAGGUCGUAAGCCCGGCCGCAAAUCAGCCGAUAAAGUUGACAUGAAGGCCAAGCUUGAACGUAGUCGUCAAAGUGCAAGAGAAUGUAGAGCUCGGAAAAAGUUACGAUACCAAUACCUUGAAGAACUUGUAGCAGACAGAGAAAAGGCCGUAUUUGCACUUAGAAAAGAACUUGAAAGGUAUAUUCAAAUAGCCCGGGACAUCGAUGAAGGGAAAGUACCGGAACGCAUCCACGAACUGCUACAGGAAACACCCAACUUAGACCUUAAACAGGAACCAUAAGUUUGUGAUAUUUUUUAAAUCGAACUUUUACUGGAUUAUUCCGAUUACUAAUGUGUACAUUUAUUAUAAGCUCUUAGUCGUUUCUCCAAUUUUACUUUACGAACUUUAUAUUAUUGUUGUCAAUAUUUUCAAUAACUACUGUUUAAUUACAUUUGCGAUUGAAUGAGUCACUCAGUUUGGUAAAAUCG